AGCAUUAUUGAUUGUUUCUAUUUCUGUCUGGCAGAUCGGCGGAGAGGUACGUGCGAGUGAAGUGGAGAGAAGUGCGGGUCGGCGAUCUCGUCCACCUGUCGAACAACGAGGCGGUGCCGGCGGACAUGGUGCUGCUGCAGUCGUCGAGCCCGCUCGGCGUGUGCUACCUCGACACGUGCAACCUGGACGGGGAGACCAACCUCAAGCAGAGAAUAGUAGCGCCCGGCUUUAAAGAAAAGCAAUCGGAAUUCAGUCCAUUAAAAUUCAGAAGCUCGGUGGAAGUGGAGCGACCAUCGACAAAAAUAUAUAGAUUCACCGGCUGUAUAUCACACCCUAACGGGGAACGAGUACCGCUAACCUCCGAGAACCUUCUAUUGAGGGAUUGUACGAUAAAAAACACAGACUACGUGGAAGGCAUCGUCGUGUACGCGGGCCACGAGACCAAGGCGAUGCUCAACAACGGAGGACCAAGGUACAAGUGUUCCGGCUUGGAGAGGAAAAUGAACACAGAUGUCAUAUGGUGUGUCUUAGUGCUACUAUUUCUUUGUUGCGCCGGCGCAGUCGGAUGCAAAGUUUGGUUGGACGAGUACUACCUUUCCCUAUACAAGUUUGUACCCUUCAUAACGAACGUGAACAAACCGGCGUACGAAGGAUUGUUAAUAUUCUGGACGUAUAUAAUAGCGUUACAAGUAAUGAUACCGGUGUCGUUGUACGUCACGAUAGAGAUGACGAAGUUGCUGCAAGUGUACCACAUACAUCAGGACAUCGAGAUGUACGAUCCACAGACGAAUACAAGGACGGAAUGUCGAGCGUUGAACAUAACUGAGGAGUUGGGACAGAUCAGUUACUUGUUCAGUGACAAGACGGGUACGCUUACGGAGAACAAGAUGGUGUUCAGGCGGUGUACGGUGAGCGGCGUGGACUACGACCACCCGAAUGGGCCGCCCGCCGAGCCCUGUCCCGAACUGCCGCCGAUCGUCACGCCGAUCACCAACGUGUCGCCGAACCGACGGAUGCUGCAACAUCUACUUGAUAGCAAUGACGCCCAACAUACACAAAAGGUCCGCGAGUUCCUCCUGAUCCUGGCCGUGUGCAACACCGUGGUGGUCAGCCAGCCGCACGUCGACAACACUCAGAUCAGCGGCUCCAACUCUAACAGCGAUCAGUUCCCGUCUGGGAAACCCUCGCGGUCCAACGGAACGCUGCGAUCGAACGACAAAUACGCUCGACUGACGGAGUCUCGAUCAACCACGCCAUCGCCGCCACCAUCAUCGGGCUCCCCUCUCAGGAUACGCCUUCCAAAGCUGAUGUUUAGCAACAAAGAGGAAUCCAGUAUUCCAAGUACUUCUGUAGAUCAUGCAUCAACGUUGGCACGUUUCGAAGCGGAGAGUCCGGACGAGCUAGCGCUCGCGGAGGCAGCGCUGGCGUACGGCUACGAGCUGCGGAACCGCGCGCCGCCGACGAGGUGGAGGUGGGCAUCCGCGGCGAGCUCACCAAGAUGA